AUGGAAGUUGCAUAUCGCAUUCGGUUGACAGUCUCAUUGAAUGUGACUCGGUUUCUCUUAAAGCAAGGAUUAUCUUUUCGUGGACAUGAUGAGUCAAGUAGUUCUUCAAAUCGAGGUAAUUUUAUUGAGUUGCUUCUAUGGUUUAGUGAACUUAACGAUGAUGUAUCCAAAACUUUGUUUGCAAAUGCUCAUUCUAACAAUCAAAUUAAUUCACCACGAAUUCAAAAGGAAUUAGCAAACGCUUGUGCUUCAGAGGUCACACUUGCUAUAGUUAAUGAUAUUGGAGAUAAAGUUUUCACUCUUUUGGUUGAUGAGGCUCGAGACGUUUCAGUGAAUGAGCAGAUGGGAGUUGUUUUAAGAUAUGUGAAUAAUGAAGGAUAUGUGAUUGAGCGAUUUAUUGGAAUCGUGCAUGUAACUAACACUUCCUCUCAUAAUUUGAAAUGUGCUAUUGAUGAUUUAUUGGUGAAGCAUAAUUUAUCUCUAUCUAAAGUGAGAGAGCAAGGAUACGAUGGAGCUUCUAACACGAGGGGCGAGUUUAAUGGGUUGAAAUCCUUAAUAUUGCAAGACAAUCCAUAUGCCGUCUAUGUCUCCAUGAUUGUGAAUAUGGUCGGGGUAUCUUGUAAGAGAAAAGACCAGCUUAGGCAGUUACAACAUGACAGAUUAGUUGAACAACUUAAUGAUGGAGAAGUCAUAAGUGGAAGAGGUAAAAAUCAAGAAACUAGUUUGGUAAGGCCUGGAGACACUCGUUGGGGCUCACAUUACUUUACAUUGCUUCGCCUAUGCUCUAUGUGGUCUUCGGUUGAGAAAGUGUUGGAAGUUGUACGUGACGAUGCUACUCUCCGUGAUAACAGAAGUACCACUGAAGGAUUAAUUGAAAGGAUGGAUAACUAUGAGUUUGUUUUCACUUUGCAUUUGAUGAAACAUUUAUUGAGAAUAACCAAUGAAUUAUCCAUUGCCUUGCAAAAGAAAGAUCAAAAUAUUAUUCAAGUCAUAUCAUUGAUUCAAAGUGUGAAACAUCAGUUGCAAAGUUUUAGAGAGUAUGGAUGGGAAGACAUACAUGAUCAAGCAACAAAGUUUUGUGAAUUGCAUAAUAUUUCACAAGUUGAUAUGGAUGAAAUUAUACCACGCCGUGGUUAUAAGAAGUAUGGAGCAGAGUUCAUCACGAAUUUGCAACAUUAUCGUGUAGAGAUUUUUAAUCAGGUGGUUGAUUUAACUAUACAAGAGAUGGAUAAUCGAUUUUCUGAAGCUAGCACCGAGUUGCUAGGAUGCAUUUCAUGUCAUGAUCCAAUAAAUUCUUUCUCUCGAUUCAAUGAUGAUCAAGUAAUCUGUCUUGCUACAUUAUAUCACGAGGACUUCUCUGCAAAUGAUUGUUCACGUCUUCCACUUCAACUUAGUAAUUUUAUUGCUAAUGUACGAUGUGAUCCUCAAUUUGCUGCCUUAAGCAACUUAGGAGAUGUUGCUACGGAAAUGGUCAAAAGUGGUAAGCAUUUGGUUUUUCCGUUGGUUUAUCAGAUUAUUGAGUUGACAUUGGUUUUAGCAACAUAUCGGAUUAUUGAGUUGACAUUGGUUUUACCUAUUGCUACUGCUUCUGUUGAGAGAGCAUUUUCUGCAAUGAAGACUAUCAAGACCGACUUGCCGAAUCGGAUGGGAGAUGAGUGGAUGAAUGAUAGUUUAAUUGUGUACAUUGAGAAGGACCUGUUUUCAACAAUUGAUAACAAAAAAAUCUUGCAACGUUUUCAAUCGAUGAGAACACGUAGAAUUCAAUUGCCACCGCUUUAG